UGUAUAUUAUAUCGAUUUCGGUCUAUAGAUCCUCCUAAAUAUUACACACUGGACCUUUAAACACACUAGAUACAAAGUGUUAAUUACUAUUAGCUUCUCGGCAAGAAAGCGAAUAAGACUACUCCAAACAUGUAAAACUAUUAGAAAUCAUUAUACCUGUUCAAAGCUGUUAAAGGCAGUUCAUAACUGAAGCUGACGCUAGGACCCAGCAGAGAAGCAGCCUGACUCAAGCUCCCGACCAGCGGACCUGUAAAGUAGCGACUGUAUCUGUCAGCAGUGGCUUCACACGCCUGCACACCAUAGCUUCACACACUCACUCACUCACACACUCACUCACUCACACACUCACUCAUGGGCCUGCAAUAAACUUCAGCAGUUCUCACCGGGACAGCAUCACCAGCGGAAUGGACACAAAAGCCACCAAAUCGAUGGAUGUGUUGGUGAGUGAGCUGGGCGUCCUGCUGAAGAUGCUGGACCAGGAGAACCUCAGCUCUUCCACGCAGGAGAAGAAGACCUCCGUGUGGAACCUCCUGCAGCAGAUACAGCCAUCAGGAACGGACUACAUCUACAUGAACUCAUCAGUGUACAGAAAUGGCACCAGCUUUGUAGAGUCCCUCUUUGAGACAUUUGACUGUGAGCUUGGGGACCUGAAGGAUGUCACAGAUGAUCUGAAAGAAGACAAGAACACACAAAAUGACACUCUAAAACAGGAGAACUGUGCAGACUCCCCUGCCCCGCACUCAGCUGACUCUCCACCCCCUCUGCCCACAACGCCUCCUCCUGAGGACUACUAUGAGGAGGCAGUGCCACUCAGUCCGGGCAUGAUGCCCGAAUAUAUCAUUACACGAGGUCAGCGUCUUCCUACCUCUGAUGAACUCAGUGCCCUUAAUGUCAUUUUGCUCCAAAAACCUCUAAUCAGGCCUAGUCCCCCCAACUCUAUAGAGGAUGGGUAUGAAGAUGCUGAAAACAACUACCCAACUACCUGCAUAAACUCACGCCGCAAAAACUCAUACAACGACUCUGACGCUCUGAGCAGUUCCUAUGAGUCCUACGAGGAGGAUGAAGAAGAGAGGAGCCCCAGCGUCCAACUCACUCAUCAGUGGCCCUCGGAUGAGAGCUCCAUGCCUCCUGCCAGGGACUGUCGCAUCUGUGCCUUCCUGCUACGCAAGAAGCGAUUCGGCCAGUGGGCGAAACAGCUCACUGUCAUACGGGAGAACAGACUACAGUGCUAUAAGAGUUCUAAGGACACAUGCCCCUAUGUUGACCUGCUGCUGCCCCAGUGCACUGCGGUCUACGCACCCAAAGACAGCAAGAGGAAGCACCAUGAACUCCGGUUCACCUUACCCAAUGGAGAUACACUGGUGCUGGCUGUACAAAGCAAGGAGCAGGCCCACAGAUGGCUUAGAGUUGUUAGAGAGGUGAGCGGUCAGAGCGCAGGGCCUGAGGAAUCUGCGUCUCCCGUCCUUCCAAGAAAACCUGAAGUUGAUAAGAGGUUAUCUGCAGAGAGGAACACGUCAGAUUCAGACAGUGUGGGUGUGUCAACUGCAGAGAACUGCAGAGAGAACGGCAAGGUGAAACGGGGUGCUUUCGCUGCAGGCCGUAAAAUCACACGUAUCAUCAGCUUCUCCAAGAAGAAGCCCCCUCGGCCAGAAGAUCCCAGGACAUCCUACAGCGACCCUCGACAAGGCUACCUGUCGUUGUUGGUGAAUCAGGUGUGGCGGGAACAGUGGUGCUGUGUGUGCAGAGGCUCCCUGCACUUCUACCACGACAAAGGAGACCCUCGGACCUCCCUGCCUUCACUUCCUCUGCACGGCUGUGAGGUGGUCCCGGGGCUGGGACCAAAACAUCCCUUUGCCUUCCGAAUCCUACGGAACAGCACAGAGGUGGCAGCUCUGGAGGCUAGCAGCUCUGAGGAACUUGGAAGGUGGCUCGGAGUCCUCUUGGCAGAGACAGGCUCCGCGACAGAUCCAGAGUCACUGCAUUACGACUAUGUUGACGUGGAAACCAUCGCAAACAUCCGCGACGCUGCUCGGCAUUCCUUCCUGUGGGUCACAUCCUCCAGCAGUACCUCCACAGACUCCAGAACAUAUGAUGAGGUCCCCAAUGAGGACAUGCAGUCAGAGGAGAACCGCAGACAGCAGUCUGGGAAUCAGGGCAAGCGGCGCUCAAGUUUCUCCAGCAGCGACUCUGACAGAACCAAGCCUUUAGUCUCCCUAAAACGAACAGGUUCAAACGCCAACCAAUAUGGAAAGUAUGGGAAAACGCGAGCUGAAGAGGACGCCAAGCGUUACCUGAAAGAGAAAGAGGAGCUGGAAAGAGAGAGGGAUGGGAUACGAAAUGCACUAGUGACCCUCCGACAGGAGAAGAAAUUGCUGAAGGAAGAGCUGAAGACUGCCUCUG